AUGGAUAACUUGCGCCCCAAGUCACUGAUUUCUAAACAAGCGAUUGUGAAUUUGGGUGAGGAAUAUCUUCCAAGGCUCUCCAUAAAUUUGUUGAGGUUUCCUAUAUGUAAAACCCGAACUCUGCUUAAGGUGAUAGCAAAGAGUAUUGCUUUGGUGAAGAAGCAGCAGGAAACUCAAAGGGCAGAACUGACAAGCUCAGAGUUGGCCCUUUUUGAGGAUGCAGAGGUAGAACACUCCACUGCAGUUCCAGUACUUGCGGAACAAUCAGAGCAAUCUGCAUUAGAGCCUGUGGCACAGGCAGAACUUCCUGUUGCAGCUCCAGAACCUGAAAUGGAGGUAGAAUACCCUAUUGUUGUUCCUGAUCCUGAGGUGGAAAAAGAUAAAACUGCUGGGGUUCUGACUGUAGCAAUUAGUCCCCUCAAACCUCCUAUUGUGGUUAUCCAUUUCAUCCCUAGUAAACCAGCCACGACUUUAUUUGCUGCUCCAGAACUGGCAGAAUUUGAAGCCAUGGAUCUAGAUGCUCAGCUGGACAGGCUAGAGAAGCUCAGCUCUACUCCUAGUAAGGCUAAGUCCAAAGUAGUGGAUGAGGCAGUGGACGGAGUAAAAAUAUGGCAGUCAACCGAGCUGGAGUUGGAUGAGAAUAGAUAA